AGAAGGGUCACAACAAACGCAAACGCCGCAACAAAUACAAAUGCGACAACACAACAAAAAGCCACAACAAACCAAAAAAAGCUACAACACACCAACAAAAGCCACAACGGAAAUGACUGCGGGACUCUAUUUUAAUGCAAACGCCACAACAAAUAUAAACGCCACAACACAAAUGCAAAUGCCGCAACACAUUAAAAAGUGACAACACAUUAAAAAACUACAACACAUUAAAAAGUCACAACGGAAGUGACCGCGGGACUCUAUUUUCCGACGGAUCACGCGGCAAGUGAAAAAGAAGAACUACAACGUGAAAAGUAAAGGAACGGAGGAGUUGGAGACGAUAUGUUUUGUCCAUUUUGUGGAGUGAGCCUCCAAACCGUGGUAUCCUACUGUGGCUCAUGUGGGAGAAAUAUUCAGUUUUUAAGAGGUCUUCAGUAUGAAGGUGCGGAGACUUCAACAGUGGCUGAUGAGCUAAUACAGAGAUAUUUCACAGAAGGACACAGCUAUGAAAUAAUAAUGGACUUGCUGAAAACAAAGCACAAGGUUUCAUUAAGCCUUAGCACUUUAAAGAGAAGACUACGUAAUGCAAAUUUGACCAGGAGGACCAACUAUUCUCCUCUGGCUACUGUUCAGGCAGUCAUUGCUGAGGAGCAAAGGGGAGUAGGCCAGCUCCUAGGAUAUAGAGCAAUGUGGCAGACUCUCAAACAGAAGCACUCUAUCGUGGCCAGAAGAGAUGAUGUCAUGUGUUUAAUGAAAAGCCUGGAUCCAGCAGGAACAGCAAAUCGCUCCAGUCGCAGAUUUGUCCGGAGAGCAUAUUGUUCUGCGGGACCAAAUGAUACCUGGCAUGUAGAUGGGUAUGAUAAACUUAAGCCAUUUGGAAUCGCCAUAAGUGCCUGUAUUGAUGGAUAUUCUAGAAAAAUCAUGUGGCUUAAAUGUGCAAAAUCCAACAAUGAUCCAUUGGUCAUUGCUCUAAAUUAUAUCAACUGUGUCACUGAGUUUAGAGUAUGCCCAAAGCGCCUCCGUACAGACUGUGGCACAGAAAAUGGAAUAAUGGCAGCACUUCACUGUGUCUUGAGGUCAGAGCACACUGAUGAAUUUUCAGGGUCCAAAAGCCACAUGUAUGGCACAUCAACAUCAAACCAACGCAUUGAAAGCUGGUGGUCCUUCUUUCGUAAACAAAGGAGCCAGUUUUGGAUGGACCUCUUUGCUGAUUUGAGGGAGAAGCAUCUCUUCAAUGGGUGUCAGGAGCACAUCUCUUUGUUGCGAUACUGCUUUUUGGGGGUCUUGCAAAAAGAACUGGACACCUACAGGCAGCACUGGAACACCCACACUAUCCGUCCUGUUCACCAGUCCAGAUGCCCAUCUGGUAAACCAGAAGCAAUGUAUCAUGUGCCUCACAGAUUCCAUGAGAGGAACUGUGGAUUCCCAACUUCGUCACAAACAGUUCACCACUUAUACAGCCUACUUCCUGCACGAACAACUCAUGAUGAACUGCAACCCAUUUUUGAUGAACUGCGUCGGCAGAGAGGUCUGGCAGCUCCUCUGCAGUGGGAAUCUGCUGUGGAGAAUUAUGUUCUACUGAAGGACAUGGCUGGUCUCUAAAACUACCCCUGCUGUUCAGGAAACCAUUGAAGUGAAAGGUGGAGGAUUUUUUAAGGCACUGCCCUAAUAUUGCCAUCCUUGAAGUUGUAACAAGUUGUACAUUUCAAUAAAAUUACGCAUUACAGCUGUAUGUUUUGUGCAAAUGUUCAAGUCCAUACAAUAAACAAACACACAAAUUA